CUAGCCCGCAGGCACAGUCGCAGGGCAGGGCCCCACCCCUUGAGUGACGGAGGGGGCGUGCCCCAGCGCCCAAAGAUGACGUAUUCUUCUGGCGCCACGUCGUGAGGAAGUGCUGGCCCACUUAAGCAGUGAGGACGCGCCUAGCGGAGCGAAUCAGGUUACCUGGCUGGUGUUUGGUUGUUUUGGGGUGAUCUUCUGACUGGAAAAUAACUAUGUCAUGGAUCAAGGAAGGAGAGCUCUCACUCUGGGAGCGGUUCUGUGCCAACAUCAUAAAGGCAGGCCCAAUGCCAAAACACAUUGCAUUCAUAAUGGACGGGAACCGUCGCUAUGCCAAGAAGUGCCAGGUGGAGCGGCAGGAAGGCCAUUCACAGGGCUUCAACAAGCUAGCUGAGACUCUGCGGUGGUGUUUGAACCUGGGCAUCCCAGAGGUGACAGUCUACGCAUUCAGCAUUGAGAACUUCAAACGAUCCAAGAGUGAGGUAGAUGGGCUUAUGGAUCUGGCCCGGCAGAAGUUCAGCCGCUUGAUGGAAGAACAGGAGAAACUGCAGAAGCAUGGGGUGUGUAUCCGGGUCCUGGGUGAUCUGCACUUGUUACCCUUGGAUCUCCAGGAGCUGAUUGCACAAGCUGUACAGGCUACGAAGAACUAUAACAAGUGUUUCCUGAAUGUCUGUUUCGCUCAUGAGAUCAGCAAUGCCGUGAGAGAGAUGGCCUGGGGCGUGGAGCAAGGCCUGUUGGAUCCCAGUGAUAUCUCUGAGUCUCUGCUUGAUAAGUGCCUCUAUACCAACCGCUCUCCUUAUCCUGACAUCUUGAUACGGACUUCUGGAGAAGUGCGACUGAGUGACUUCUUGCUAUGGCAGACCUCUCACUCCUGCCUAGUGUUCCAACCUGUUCUAUGGCCAGAAUACACAUUUUGGAACCUCUUUGAGGCCAUCCUGCAGUUCCAGAUGAACCAUAGCGUGCUUCAGAAGGCCCGAGACAUGUAUGCAGAGGAGCGGAAGAGGCAGCAGCUAGAGAGGGACCAGGCUACAGUGACAGAGCAGCUGCGGCAAGAGGGCCUUCAAGCCAGUGGGGACGCCCAGCUCCAAAGGACACGCUUGCACAAACUCUCGGCCAGACGAGAAGAGCGAGUCCAAGGCUUCCUGCAGGCCUUGGAACUCAAGCGAGCUGACUGUCUGGCACGUCUGGGCACUGCAUCAGCCUGAGUGAGGCUGGCCACCUGCCACUCUGCCCUGCCCUCUGCCUCCAGGGCCCCACUCCCCUUCCUUUUCUUGGUGAAAGGCACCUCCUUUCCUGAUAAUGAAUUGUGUUCCCUUUGCUUGGCUGGGGAGCCCUCCAGGCCAGGUCUGCUGGCCAUAGAUACCUUUGGGCUGCCUGGAACAGUGGCUCCUGGGGAAGAUUGACGGUAAAAGUCUCCCACGAGUACACUAAACCCAGUUCUGGUCACCAAAAGGGUUUGGAGAGCAAAAGGCCACAACUCAGCUGCCUGUCUCCUAGAUGCACUUUCUUUUUCCACCAGCACAUCCUUCAACAUAGAAUUUCAGGGAAGAGUUCUCCCCAAAACCCUAGCUCUUUACCCAUCCAUUUUUAGCCUUCCACCCAACUUCCCCAAAAGAUUUGGGUGUACCUUGGAUCUGCUAGUAAGUAACUAAUAGGAAGCCAGUUAUUUGGGUAAGGAAAAAAGGGGCGGGAAAGACAGAAAGAAAAUUUGCCCAUCUGCUGCUCCUCCCCCUUGGCUCUCCACCUGGGAUUUGCUAUUGAAUCUCUACCCUCUCCCACCACGAAGUGCUGAUUGCUCACUGAAAGACCUAGCGCCCCCAAUGGUGUGCGGAAGCCAGGCGGGUGAUUACAAUCCAAUUACCUAUUGUCGACUCAGCCCACACAAGCUUUUCUCCUCCUCUUGCAGGGCAUGGGGCCAGGCUCCACUCCCCUCCAUGGUACAGGGUAACAGAAGGGCCUGUAGGCCCUGGUGAAUCAAAUCCAGCACAGGCCUUCUCCCCUGUAACACAACAGGGCUGAGCAGAACCAAGCACUUCUAGCUGACUCUGCUCCCCACCCUCACCAUCUCAAAACUGAUUCCCACUUCAGUCUUCGAGGUUUCUCUCAGCUUUUUGACCUGGCUCCCUAAGUAGGCCCUGAGAUGAUUUAUUCUUAGCAUGGCAAAGCUUGUUCUAGGUCCUCUCUGUUUGUGAGGGUCAAAGCUGUGUCCUUUCCCUUACCUCCCUCUGCCAGGCCUUGCUGCAGAGCCGCUGAGAGAAUUAGUGCCUUUGAAAAGCUGUCUGCCCUAGCAACUCUGUUUCAGGUGCCCCAGACUGACAAGUACCAGCCAGCAACACCAACCAAAUGCUACUCUCUUUAGUAAAGUGCAUUUGCAUUUUUCUUUUCUUUCUUUCUUUUUUUUUUUGAGAUGGAGUCUCGCCCUUUCCUGGCUGGUCUCGAACUCCUGACCUCAGGUGAUCUGCCUGCCUCAGCCUCCCAAAGUGCUGGGAUUACAGGCAUAAGCCACCAUGCCAGGCUUCCCAUUUUACUUUCUGCAAGUUGUUUCCUUAGCAGCUCCCACUAGGGGAGAGGUGGAAUCUUGCAAGCAGUAAUAGGAGCACACAGGAAACCCCUGACUUUCCUAUACCCCAGCUCCCUCUUCCCCUUUCUGUGCUCAGAUACCUGGCGGCACGAGACCGCUUGGCUAUUGUCCAUGCUCCCAGAAUCAAGCAUAAAUGCCAAAUACUACGAUUGAGAAGCCAAUCAAUGCACCCUUUGGCAAACCCCGAUUCACACCCGGCACUCCCCACUACCUAUCCCUGGCAUAGGGUUCCUGGAGAGGAGGUGCUGUACAUUUUCCAGCUUUACAAUGGGGCUGUUGAGAGCCAUAAUUAGAGAGGCAUGAAUUAUGUGGCUAUAAUGCAGAGUCCUAUAAUUAAGGUGGGAAUGAGGGGCUGGAGGCAGCCAACAGCAUCUGCCUUAUGAGCAUGGCUGUUGAGUCCUGUCUCCUGGGUCUGACUUUCCGUAAUAUUGGGGUACAGUAGAGGUGAUUAAUGGGGCUGGCAUCUCUCUUUGGCCUGAGGUUUUCUAUUCUGGGAAAGGUACACAGGGUGGAGUAGGGAGAAGCUGCCCCAGGAGGUGAUGUAGGGGUGGAAAGAAGAGGCAGAGAAGUCGUCGUAGCCCAGAAACACGAGCUGCGAAAUAGUUGGACUCGUGGUUGCUUUGAACAGGUAUGAUUUGUAUAAGGCAGGUUCAACCCUUGCCUCAAGAAAUCAGAUGGGACCAAUUUAAGUGCUCUUCCGCCUGUGAGCCAACCCCCCAUUUGAGGACAUCUAUCGUAUUCUUGUGUUCUGGGUCUCAAAUAGAAUUUUUAAAGAUUCUUAGAUGUAAAACUUGUUUGCUAACUGCAACGGAAGAACACCUUGUUUUGCUGCUGCAAUUGCCUACCCUCCCUCAGGUGCGCCUGGCUAGCUCCCAAGACUGGCUUUGGACUAGGGGGCACUGGAAAAGCCCUUUUGCCAUCACACCACCUGUUCCUCUACUUGUUUCCUAAUCCCCGGGCGCUUUCCUCCAUCGUCCUUUUCCUCGCGCAAGUGAAAGGCAGCCAGCUUGACAGUGUGGAAGGAGGGAUUUCGCCAGCUGCGACUGCAGUGCCCAGGCUUGGUGGCCGCGUCGGGUGGGGACAGCUGGGCUAGAUGUCUCCGAGAUGGGUAGAGUGUAGGGGGAGGGGAGUGCCGGUAGACCUCGGCGGCCGCUCUCCACCAUUCUGUGGCGGAGUCUGGAGGUUUGAGAAUACAGGGACCUUAAGGGAACCACCCGACAGGCGUCAGGGGGUGGGGGCUUCGAUAGCAUUUGGGGAGGCGGCUGCGCAACGGGUGCUGAAAGGACAGCUCCUACCUGCCCCGCAGCACCCAAAAGGCACCUCCGCAUGGAAAGUCUCCCCAUGAAACCCCUAUCCCACCUCGAGUGGACGCUUUUUCAGGUGAGGUGCACGAAAGGCUUUCCUGAAGUGGCAGCUCGGAAGGAUGCACGUCCGGCUGCGCCAAGCUGGCUUCCCCGCCUUUUUUCCACUUCGGCGUCAGCCUGGCCCCUGGGAACUGCAGCCUGUGCCUCCAGCCGCGCGCUUCCUCCUGUCUCCAGUGGAGCAAGGCAGUGCAGCCAGGCCUCGCAAACCCCUCUUCUGGGGCCCCCAGCGGGAGCAGGAAGGAAAGCCGCUGAAAUGUGCCCUGAGUGUCGCACGGCUUGGAGAAGUGGGUUGCUGGGUUGCAUAAGGUGGAAGGAACUUGCUAGUUUGCAAAAGCCAGCUCUUGGCGGGAGCCGGAACCCAGAGCCCGCCGACUUGCGCACCCCUCCUCAUUCACUGCCUUCCACGCUCGCCUCCCCGACUGCGCCCCCCACCCCCUCGGCGCGCCGCCGCCUCGCGCGCACUCCCCCCCACACACCCCCCUCCUCACUCCCUCCAGAGGAGGUGAGUUUAAACCCCGCCCACGUGACCCCAGCUGGGCCAAUGAACGGCGGCGGGAGGUGAAAUCCGGUUCUAACCGGUCCGGGGCUCCCAGCGCUAUAAAAACUUUAUAAACCCCCCGGAGCCCGAGCAGUGUGAAGAAGAAGAGGCGAGAGCGACCCCUGGACCGACCAAAGCCCACGCGCCGCAGCAUCCCGCGCUCAGCGCCUACGUCCCGCCGCCGUCGCCACCAUGCCCAAGAGAAAGGCUGAAGGGGAUGCUAAAGGAGAUAAAGCCAAGGUGAAGGACGAAGUAAGUCAUUCUCUCUUUAAGGGUCAAAGCCUUGAGUAGCAGAGGCCACUGGACUCGGUGAUUAACCGUAACCUGUAUCCUGAAUUUACACUCCUGUAAUCCAGAGAAAAUUGAUACCAAAACUUCAAAGCGAUUUACCUGUCCUAUUUCUAACUUUCUCGUUAUCUUUAAUAGCCACAGAGAAGAUCCGCGAGGUUGUCUGCUAAACCUGCUCCUCCAAAGCCAGAGCCCAAGCCUAAAAAGGCCCCUGCAAAGAAGGGAGAGAAGGUACCCAAAGGGAAAAAGGGAAAAGCUGAUGCUGGCAAGGAAGGGAAUAACCCUGCAGAAAAUGGAGAUGCCAAAACAGACCAGGCACAGAAAGCCGAAGGUGCUGGAGAUGCCAAGUGAAGUGUGUGCAUUUUUGAUAACUGUGUACUUCUGGUGACUGUACAGUUUGAAAUACUAUUUUUUAUCAAGUUUUAUAAAAAUGCAGAAUUUUGUUUUACUUUUUUUUUUUUUUUUUUAAGCUAUGUUGUUAGCACACAGAACACUUCAUUGUUGUUUUGGGGGAAGGGGCAUAUGUCACUAAUAGAAUGUCUCCAAAGCUGGAUUGAUGUGGGGAAACGCCUUUCCCUUCUAGUUUUGAGAGACUUCCUCUUGGCUCCCAGGAGGAGAGAUUCCCUGACUUUGACACACAUGGCCACCUUGGCACACAAAAGCCUUGUGGUAUGGAAAAACAAAUUCAUUUUUAUGUCCUCUUCUCCCUUUCCGUCUUUCAGCAUAGACUUAACUCCCUUAAGCCCAGACAUCUGUUGGGACCUGACCCCCAGUCAUUGGUUACCAGUGUGUCAGGCAAUCUGGACUUGCCAGCGAUGCCACUGAGAUGGCACCUGUCAAAAGAGCAGUGAUUCCAUUUCUAGAUUGUGAAUCUUCUUAUCUGAAGAUUAUUCUGCCAUUUUCAUUUCACUUCCUGAAAGUCAGGGUCGGCUCGUGAAAAGUUGUUAAACAACAUGCUAAAUGUGAAAUGUCAACCCUCACUCUAAACUUUCCCUGUUCAGAGCAUCAGAUGAAGACUUCAUUGGGUUUUAUAGUGGCUUUCUGAUUUUUGGUAGUCCAUCAAAGAAGGGAGUUUGAAAGUUGUUGUAUACUGUUAAUGAUUGUCUGCCCAUGUCCUGCCUGAAAUACCAUGAUUGUUUAUGGAAAGUAUCUUUAAUAAAGCUGGAUACAGUUUGGCUUGGAA